GGGACUGUAUUCAGAUGAUGUACCGUUUGGUCUGAAAGUGCACAGUAAACUCACUGGUUUUAUCUGCAUAUCAUUGUUGGACUAUUUAUUACAAACCAGCUCUCUGCAUGGUGUCAGACGGUGGAAAUGGCUCAAGGACUGAGACGGAAUGAUCCUAUGGUGUUUGAUGAGAAUGUCGCGAAGUUGGAAGAAGUUCGAAAAGGAAUGGCGGAUAUACUGCAACGCAGGUUUAGCGGACAAAACAAAGAAAAUCCAAGCGUACACUCUGCUAAAUCUGGCUGGACUUGAUGCGGUUAAAAAGUCAGAGGCUUUUUUUGGGGCGGAUGAGAACCAGGAAGACCCAGAGGUACUGUUACAGAAGUUUCAACAAAUAUGACUCCCGGUAAAGAAUGUCAUUAUGGACAGACAGACGUUUAAUACUAUCUAUCAGUCAAUCAAGCUUUAUUUAUAAAGCACAUUUCCGACGGUGGGUGCAACUCAAUGUGCUGUACAUAAAAAGACAGAAAAAAACAGGGUGACUGAAGGAUAUAAAAAAACAUUUAAGAUCUAAGGACAAAACUAAAAUCAAGAUUAAAAGUAGGGUAAACGGCAGCAGUAAAGAAAGUGGGGCAACAAGAAACACAGCAGACAAAUGAGGUCAGAUAAAUAACAGAGCAAAUAGUUUAAAAUAAAUAAAAACAUAAAAAUAGUAUAAAAACAGAAGUAGUACAAAUAAAAAUAAAAGUAUAAAAAGUAAAUCAGGGAGGGUAAGAACCAGGCUAAAACCAGGUUAAAAGACCGUCCAAAAGCCUGACGAAUCAAUGCAAUUCUUUGUCUCAACGUCUUUAAAGACUGUCUCAGAAGUGUGAGUUUGGCGCUGACUGACUGACGAGCUCAUACGAGACCGCAUUGUAUGUGGCAUACAGAGUGAUACAGUGCGCAAACAAUUACUUCGUGAGAAAAAUUUGACUUUAGAGUCCGCUAUCAACCUCUGCAUGCUGAACGAGCAAUCUGAGAGGGGAACGAAAGAACUGAGGAGAGAGACAGAGGUGUGCGCCAUUCAAGCCCUGCGCUGUUCAAAUUGUGAUGGUUCACAUCCUCCUGAGAGAUCCAAAUGCUUUAACUUUAACAAGCAUUGCAACAACUGCGGCAGGAUAAAUCAGACUGAGACUGAAGCCACUGAAUGCGUUUCUGCAAUGGUAGCUGCAAGUAAAAAGGAUGGCAAAGUUUGAUUGUGCAUAGACCCUGUCCAUUUGAAUAAGGCAUUGUUGCAGGCACACCACCCCAUGAAAACUAUACAGCAGGUCAUUGCAGAUACGCCGGACACUAAAGCAUCCACUCAAUGCCAAGUGUGGAUUCUGGCAGAUUCCACUUGAAGAAAACUCUUCCAAAGUAACCACUUUCAUGUCUGCAAUAGGACGGUACAGGUUCCUCCAUAUGCCGUACGGCAUUUCAGCUGGCAGCGAAGUGUUCCAGAGGACAACGGAGCAGCUGUUUGCUGGGCAGCCAUGCGAAAUCCUGGUUGAUGAUAUCCUGGUGUGGGGCCGCAAUAGGGAGGAGCAUGACAAGCGGUUGAAGCAGAAUUCAGGGGUGAACAACAUAUCCUUCAUGCCAGGAAUGAAACUGUGGGUCAAAGGUGCCUUUCAUUUCAAUCCACAAAGAUUCUCCAUCAAUGUGGGCCAAGACGAACAAAACAUUGCGCUGCACUGUGACGUGCGCUUCGGAUAUGGCUCUUCCCGCCCUGUCAUUGUCAUGAACUCCCGGGAAAAUAACGAGUUUGGUGAAGAAGUGAGAGAGAGAAACUUCCCUUUCCAGCCGGAGCAGGAGUUUGAGGUGACCAUUGCCAUCACCGACAACACAUUUCACAUUAUACUACCCGGUAACCAAGUUUUGGUGUUUCCCGACCGUCUGCCUGGCCAAUCACGUAAUAAAAUUUGGGUUGAAGGAGAUGCCACAAUCCAUGGAAUAAGUUUAAGAUAAAGACCAACGAGGAAGUGCGAGACUUUCUGGCUCCUGAUUGGCUGUUCUGCUUCGGCUUCCCGCCACCUUCCUACAGCUGUGCUAUGGCUGCACUUAGUCCCUCCCAGACAUCAGUGCCUUUAAUCUUGAGCUUCUCUGCAACAUUUAACAGACCCCCUCUGGCGUCUGUCCAAACUCACUGAGUGUGAGAAUCAGUACAGCUUCAAUAAUAAAUCUCUAUCAUGAGCAAAUCUCA